AGUUUUCCAUUUUCUUUCCAACUCUUCGCUAUUGAUUGUUUACUUUUACCUCUUUCCUCCAACCAGAGGCACUUCUCCUUUUUAGGAGGAGCACCAUUCAAAUCACGAUCGACUGAUUUCUCUGGUUGCAAAAGGAGUGUUUUACGAGGGAUGUGUGGAUUAUUGCCAAGCGCAAGCCAUUGGCGAUCUGAAAGACGCUUUGAUUCAGGCAUAGAAAAUGGUCCCCACCCGACUGACAUUCUGGCGAAUCGGCCUCGUCUGUCAUCCACCGACUUGUCGUUGAUAUCAUGGCUGGAAAUGGUUGGACGGGAGCAGUUUGCGAUGCCAUUCCAACAAAAGCAGCUCGAUCUCAAAAUAGAACAUCUCAAGAAGCCAAAGCUCGAGGCUCAGUGGACAGAGACAAUUCUAGCCACCCCGAUCAAACCUGGUGGUCUCUUCCCGCAUUCGUUGGUCCCCAAUGCCAAGUUGAAGUUUGCAGAGAAAAUGAGUCAGUCGAUGACCAUGCUGCCGCUGAGCACCAGCAUGAGUACAAGCGCCUUCCCAACGGUGAAUCGUCAACAGCCGAUGUCCCAGUCGACAGCGGCAGGCUUCUGUCUUGGUAUCGGUGAUGCUGGAAGUGAAGCAAUGGCUCAAAGCCAGAUGAUCGACAACAUGAUGGAAAUGAGCCAACUAACGAAGAGCAGUCGACCUGAUGGGCAACGAAAUCAUAUGAUACCGAACCCGAUGAUGAGUUCAAUCGCUCCGCAGGUGAUGGGACCAGCAAUGGUUCACAGUCACAUCAAUCCAGCAUACGAUUUCACUCCAGUGCGGAGACAGCUGGACGAGAUGACGCGACGAUCACUCCCUCCUCCAUCCUCCCAACGGCAAUCAUCCUUACCUCCAGUGCCUGAGAUGCUUACUCCAAAUGAGAACCCAAUGACGCAAAGUCGACUGUUCCAAGAGUUUGCCAGCAAGCAAAGGACUUCACAUUCAGCCGAGCCAGCUGUACCCUUGAGACAGCGACAGAUGUCGGCUCCCACGUAUCCGAUACCGUAUGACCCAAGUGCGGGUGUGUAUGCGAAUGGUCAAGUACCGAAUAACAUUUUCCAGAUGCCAAUAGCCGCUACAAUUCCGACUGUGAUACCCUCUUCCAUGGCCGUGAUCAGUCAAGGCUCUCCUCGACCGCACUCAACUGUAGCUGGUCAAACAAUGACGUCUCCCCCGACAGCGCAGGCACAAUCUAGGCCUGUGUCUAUGCCACCCAAUGGGACUUCCGCGACCCCGGUUCAGUUUGUACCCGUGUGCAGGUAUGAGGACAGCCAAGCAAUACGAGCGGUAGCUUUCCAUCCGACUGGUCGUUAUUUCGCUGUGGGUACCAAUUCAAAGCAACUUCACAUUUGCAAGUAUCCAGAUCUGCGACGGUUCAAGUCAGUUUAUUGUCUUUCAUUCAAUGGUACUGGAGAAUUGUUAGCAACCGGAUCGAACGACAAAACGCUACGACUCAUGGCCUUCAAUUCGGACAACUGCAAGAUUGGUGCCGAAAUGGAGUUCAGUACUCAUGAUGGUACUAUAAGAGACGUGAUUUUCUUGGAGGAUACUGUGAGCAGGACAUCCUUGUUGAUCAGUGGUGGUGCGGGCAAUUGCCAUUUGCAUGUAACCGACUGCCAUUCUGGCCAGAUGGUGCAGUCAUUACGAGGCCACAACGGUUUGUUAUACUCUUUUACUUCACAAAGCUUGCUCAAAGAAGAAAGGAGGAAGUGA